CUACAAUUAUUUUCAAUCUCUCUUGUAAUCAAAAUUUUAAGAGAGAUUAAUGUCUGUGACAUCUGAAUAAUUACAGCUUAGUUUCUUAGCAUUAAUCAAAACUUUUGAGAGAAUUCUCUGUAGUGGCUGUGUGAUUGCAGCUCAGUAAUAAGAGUAUUUAUUCUUCAGUCUACCUCUGAAUCUCUUCUCUUCACUUCUCAAGAGUUUCAUUUUGUUUCAGAAACAACAUCUCAAUGAAAAUAACCAUGCAAGCCCUUCCGAAUGAACUCAUUCUGCAUGUUAUAAGAUGCCUCAUCCCAUCCUCACCUCCUGUGGUCUUCAAGCCUCAACACCCAGUGACUAAGAGUCUGCUCAAUCUCACACUAGUGUCCCAUAUCACAUCCGGUGCUGCAAAACAUCUUCUCCUGAGGCACUGUCUAUAUCUAGACUCUGAAGAGCGUCUUGCAAAGCUUAUGUCUCUGAGACAGCAGUCAUCAGUGGACCUCAACGCUGCAGGGCCAGAGGGACUGUUUCUAGCCCCCUUCCCGGCGCAGAACCUCAAUUGUCCCAGUAUUGUGCACAAUGUUAGCCUACUGCUAUCCGACAUUAGCGGGACACUUGCUCGCCUCGUUAUCAACCUGCCCCUGCGUUUCCUCUACCCGGAAGAGGACAAGAACCUCUUACGGCCGAUCUUGCGGGAGGCCUUUUCCCACUUGACAGCUUUGGAAGAGUUCUGUUCAAUGCAAGAUGAGCUCUACCUGGACACAGCAUUAGAGCGACGCGGGCCACAACCGGAGGUAUGGCAGGCAUGGCCACGACUGCGGUACCUUGCGCUAUACAACCCCUGCGUCGAUUCAGCUAGAUUCGUCGCGGGUAUCAAGUGUUGUUCCAACCUGACCCACCUCGUCCUUACGCGGCCAGAUGGGAUAUUCAAUGAUGUUGCCGACGACCAGGAUGGUUUGGGACCCCUGCCACGGCUGGAGCAGGUUAUCAUCGUCAAUACUGAGCGGGGUUUUAGUCGCGAUCGGAGGUUCCACGACGACGAGGGGACUGCGCCGGACGAUACACUCUUGAGGGGAUUAAAGAGUGGAUGGUUGAGUAAUAAUCAAGUUGGUCGGGCUAGCGCGGAGAUGUCUGAGUCUGACUACUUUUGUGUUGCAGCCGAAGUACCUAUCCCUCCUGAUCUGGUGGGGGAGGAUGAUAGUGAUAUCCUAGCAUGCCAGGGGUGGGUUGGCAGCCGCGCACUGAGUGGAACAUUGUGGGAUGAGUCGGGCACUCCAUUUCUUGACUGGCCGGAGUCAUGAUGCGUUGCGUCUGGUUUUCAAUGUCAACAUAGCUAUUCCACAUCGAUAGUUUUGUACCUGCCAUUCUCAGGUUAUAAUGUAGAGAAGAGAGCAGAGAGCACUACGCGGUGAUUUGAAGCCUGAAUUCAUUCAAAAGUGUCACUGACACAACAUAACCUCAUAGAUGGGCAUCUUUAGAUUAGCCACAUAGCUAAGCAAACUGCCAAAAUCGGCCACAUGUGUGUCCCUAUAUAGGGAAAGCUAUCGAGGGUGGAAGAAUGUAUUGUACAAGCUAGAUGCCGAUUAUGUGGAAUACAAUGAAUGGAAGGGCGGAAGUGUACUGAAUGAGGCUUUGACUUGUGUUCAACAGAGCUCAUCUGUCUACAGUUGAGUGGUUCAAUUUGUCUCUUUCAUCACAUUCAUGUAUCACACUUGAAAAAGCUAAUCCCAAUUUCACCCCACCUGGUGUGCUCUAGCUGUGCUCUAUUGUCGUGGGAUGAAACAGAGGCCUGACCUCAAAUUGAAGACUUCUUCUAACCUUCAAAAUACAGAUGAUGAUCAUUGAGAUGAGAACCAUAACUGGUAAAUCUAUUAUAGCAGUCAAAUAUUAGAACAAAAGCAUAAUUUCAUCUCCUGACACUCUUAUCUUCAUACUUCUGAACUCUGACUCAUUGCAUUCAUAUUCUGAUUCAUCCUCCACUCCCCCUCUCCCUCUGCAGCCCCAACAAAUUCCUCUCGCUUCCAAAUCUCCACUGCGGCCUUGCACUGCUCCAACACCUCCUCUCCAGCCCUCCAUGCAGGUGCUCUAUGUCCCGCGCUCACUGCAAUGGCAAUUGACUCCUCUGCAACACCCACCUCACCCAGCCGAUGUGAGAUACUGAUGCCCUGUAGCUUGUAUUUAGCCACUGCAUUGCGGGCGAUUUUCUCCAGCGUGCGCAGGGCUAGGGGAGUGUAGCUGAUGUAUGUGAGGCGGGCAAUGGGGUGGUUGUCAAAGGUUGAGCGGGUGGUGCCGAGGAAGAGAAUGUUGGCACCCGCGUGCGGGGAGCGAACAUGAAUGAUGCUCCUGGUUGGAUUGAGAGGGCUGUAGGUUAAUUCAAGAUGAAUGUUCGCGUCGGGGAUAUGGCGGGUCUGUGGGUAAUUUGCUGGAUUGAGAUGAGCGGGAAGAGCUUCAGAGGAGGCCUCGGGGUUGAGAUGGUGUUCUUGAGAUUGUGAUGUUGUUGAGUUUGACAUGAUUGAUGCUUGAUAUCCGGACUCGGCUGGAUGAGAGAAGAGAAGGGGAUCAUUAGGCGAAAUUCCUGAUGGCGAUGA